UCAUGUACGAAAUGAUGUCUAGCUGUGUUUUUAAAGGCUGUUAACAAACAUUGAAUAAUUAGAAAGCAGAGACACUUCUUAUUGACCCUCUGAUAAAACGUGACUAGUAUAUAAAAACAUAAAUAUGGAUAGUGAUAUGAAUUAUGAUUCCCCGUGUACAAGUUGCCAGGAAAAUGAAUUGAACUCGGAAGCUGUGUGUUACUGCGAACAAUGUGAAAAACGGUUUUGUGCUGUCUGUGUUAAAAUGCAUGAACGUAUUCUUAAGGAGCACAGUGUCCUUGACAAAAGCCUCCAAUAUUUGUGGAGCAAAGAAAAUGACGAUGGUAACGACACCAACGGGUUUGUUCAAGACAAUAUUCUAGACGAAAGUCAACAGAAAUCAUCUACACAAGAGAAAGACAGUACUUAUGUCAACAGCGCGUCCGUUCGAGGCAAUAUGCUUGACGAAAGCCAUCAUAUAACAGAGGAGAAUGACAGUACUUACGUCAACAGCGCGUCCGUCCGGGGCAAUAUGCAAUAUGCUAGACAGAAGUCAAUAACUGUCAUGGAACAAAGAAAGUGGCGGUACGGAUUUGUUGGCGGUCCUACAACGAAGAGCACCAGGCAGGAAAUGGACCGUGAUCGUCCUAAACUUACUCCAGCGAAGGAAAUUUUGGGGAAAGUCCUCGAUAGCCCCUUGUCAAAAUUAUGCGGAAUAGUGGGGAAAACUUCUUUGUACUUCGACGACGAAGGCGUCCGUUUACUUCAUACAGACAGAAAAACAGAUGUGAAAAUUCCUUUAAAUAUGAUAAGAAGAUACGGUAUAGAAGGAUGUAUAUUCUAUAUUGAAGUUGGAAGGCGCUUCGACUUUGGAGAGGGAUUUAUAAAUACAAAGUGUUCUUCACGUAAAGAUGCGAAAUUGGCGAACACUUACAUGGUUGAUGCUAUUAGCAAAAAAAUGACUGUGCACAAAUGUGUAUAACUUAGACGAACGCAUGUUUAUGUAUUAGUGGACAUGAAUAUUAAUUAUAAUAUAAUGUCAUAAAAUUGAAUCUGGCUUACAAAUAUAUGCAUUCAUAAAAAAACCGCAGUUGAAAAUCGCGCUCUCAAAGACCUGUUUUUAUGUUUGGUUUGUUAUUUAUUCGUUUUUCGAGCAUAUACAAAGCAUAAGUUUUAUAUAGUUUAAUGCAUCGGUCGUGUAAAAGUCUGGCUAAAGGAUAGUAUAACGCGAAUAACAAAUGAUUGUAGGAUAAUUAUUUGUUUCAAUGUAAGAUCGCAAUACAUCUCACUAAGUGUGAACCAAAAGCUUUAUAAACAUUUCGUGUUCUAGAUAUUGUAAGAAUGUUGUACAUAUGCUAACCGAAAAUGAAUUUUCCUUACCUAAAUAUGUUAUCCAAUAUUAAAUCAAUUAAUUUCUGCAAUAGUUUCGAUCGUACACCAUCGUUUAUUCGAAUUAACUAUAAUUGCACACCUGUCAGGGGCCUUACACAGUGCAAAAAUCUAUUGAGGGACGCCCACUUAAUAUGUUUAAAAAAACAACAACAUUUUUUUUAAGUAUUUGUUUAAAUUUAAACAAGCAUAAUUCAUUGAUCCGUUGCAACAUGUGUAGCUGUAAUAAGGGGUUGAGCAAAUUUUACGAAAGUUGAUUUUAUCAGAUUUCCAAUCAAAAAGCAUUACAUUUUCCGGAAAUACAAAUCAAUAUGUUUUGAGUCAGAAUUGCGAGUACUACCAGAUCAACAAUGUCUUGUGGCUUGGUGGUAAUUGCAGCUAUUUUAAGAAAUAUAUUUGCAUUUUUGUAACCAGGAAAUGGAUUUAAUCUGCUAUUUUUCAUUAUUUUAUUGAUCUUUCCUCUUUGAAUGAAAGAAUUUCAUCAAGAACCCACAAUACAUAGUUGAUAAGGUAGUCUGGGGCAUUUUGACACAAAUAAAAGUUUAAUUGACGACAGAGUUUCUGAAAAAAUGUGAUCGAAAAAAUGAAAAAUGUUUUUAAAGAUUGAUACAGUCUUAAUCUAUAAUCGUUAAACAUACCUCGUUUGUUAUACCAAUUCGUAAGAUAUUUUUUAAAUGAUAUGAACGCUCGGUAAAUCAGUCUUUACAAUAAAUGAGAGCGAGGUAGAGAGAGCGGAAG